UAUUAUAGUAAAAUCACGGUUUCAAAUAAAGCAAAGAGCAAUCCAACGGUCACGAACUCCUCCUUAUCUAUGGAGUUGGGAGAAGAAAGCAAUCAGCCUCAGAUACACACAAAAAGGAGGAAACGAGAGCCACAGAGUGAGUGAGAGAGAGAGAUGCUGAUGCUUCGUCAAGUUCAGAUCUCUUCGUUUGAGCUCUUCCAAUCUCCGAAACAACCAGGGUGUUGUAGCUCAAGGAGUGUCACUCUACCGAGAACUAGGUUAUACAGGAAUCGAUCUGGUUUGAGAGCUAUGGAUGGCAGUGGAUUAGAAAAACUGUAUCUGGGAAUGGAUUUUGGUACUUCAGGUGCUCGUUUUACAGUAAUUGAUGAACAAGGAGUGAUUAGAGCUGAAGGCAAAAGAGAGUAUCCUCCUUUCAUGAGGGAAGAAAGCAUGGAUUGGGUUAGCUCAUGGAAAUCAACUCUCUUUUCCUUGCUUGAAGACAUUCCCAUUACUCUUCGUUCCCUCGUCUCUUCCAUUUCCCUUGAUGGGACUUCUGCAACUACUCUCAUCUUAAACAGUGAGAGUGGAGAAGUUCUGUGUCAGCCUUUUCUCUACAACCAGAGCUGCCCUGAUGCUCUCCCUGAGGUUAAGUCUAUAGCGCCAGAGAACCACACUGUCUGCUCUGGCUCCUCCACCUUGUGCAAGCUCGUCUCUUGGUGGAAUCUUAAGCUUCCCAACAGAGAAUCAGCGGUGUUGCUGCAUCAGGCUGAUUGGUUGUUGUGGUUACUUCAUGGCAGACUUGGAGUGUCGGAUUACAAUAAUGCCUUGAAGGUGGGCUAUGAUCCUGAGAGUGAAUCGUAUCCGUCAUGGUUGAUAAGUCAGCCUUAUUCUCAGUUAUUACCUGUGGUUCAAGCUCCUGGAACGUCAAUAGGCAAUCUGAAAGAUAGCAUUAGAAGGCAAUUCGGAUUUCCUGAUGAUUGCAUUGUCUGCACCGGUACUACUGAUAGCAUAGCUGCGUUUCUAGCAGCACGCGCAACUGAACCUGGGAAAGCAGUAACUUCAUUGGGAUCGACCUUAGCCAUCAAACUUCUGAGCACCAAAAGGGUGGAUGAUGCGAGGUAUGGAGUCUACAGCCAUCGCCUGGAUGACAAAUGGUUGGUAGGAGGAGCCUCCAACACUGGUGGAGCUAUUCUCAGACAGCUAUUCAGUGACGAACAGUUGGAGAGACUGAGCCGAGAAAUCAAUCCUACGGUUGCAUCUCCUCUGGACUACUAUCCUCUGAAAAGCAGCGGCGAAAGAUUUCCCAUAGCUGACCCUAACUUGGCUCCCAGAUUACUUCCGCGCCCAAAUAGCGAUGUUGAAUACUUGCAUGGUAUCUUGGAAUCAAUCGCACGUAUUGAGGGGAAAGGCUACAAGUUGUUGAAAGAGAUGGGAGCAACGGAGGCGGAGGAAGUGUUGACAGCAGGAGGUGGAGCCAAGAACGACAAGUGGAUAAAGAUAAGGGAGCGAGUUCUUGGUUUGCCUGUGAGCAAAGCUGUCCACACGGAAGCUUCCUAUGGAGCCUCUCUUCUUGCGUUGAAGGGUGCCAAACAGAAGAGGGGAUUGUGAGAGACAGAACUCAUCUUCAAGACAAGAGGAUAUGUUUCUGCUUUUGUGAGAACAGAUUGCUUGUGAAUAAAAAACAACACAUUUUCAAGAGGAUAUGUUUCUGCUCUCGCGAAAUAUUAAUGGCAGCGAUUGUAUAUGUUGUAUGUUACUGACGCUGUUUAUUGUUAUUGUACAAACUUUUACUGCAGUU